CUCAUCUGUUCGGACCCCAUCUAGGAGGUCUCUAUUCCCCCCCCCGCCCUCCGUCUCCUCCUUGCCCCCCCCUCCUCGAUCCUUCUCGUUAUCAUAGUGCCCUUCCUCAUCCUCCAGCAGCCACCUUGGGUUCAAUCAAGAACACUCGAGAGCGCCCACACUCGGACGAAUCAAAACUACACAACACGAAAGUCUGAUCGACCAGGACUGGUCACUCACCACCGUUUACAUUUACAGUCGACUCAUGGCCAUGUUCUUCGGCCCACCCAUUACUUCUACUUAUUCUUCUUUCCCGUCAAAGAAGUCAAGGCCCUCUUCAGUGUGGAGGAAAAUAUGGUGCGUGGUGGUCGCCAUACUCCUGCUGGCGGUCAUCGAGUUCUACCUGAAUCCGUCCCCAGGGCCUCAGCCGCGGGGGGCGCUCACCAAGGAGGACGCGGACUGCCUCCUCCACAAUUCCACGAGCAACUUCUCGAGCGAUGCCACGGGCGAUCCGCUGAGCGGCCACGGCAACAAGGCCAUGGGCCUGGGGGAGCUCUGGGAAUGUUCGGCCUUGCUCUGCAUCGUGCCCCUCUACAUGUACCUGUCGGCCAGGGGCAGCAGCGAGAAGGCGCUGCCGCCCGCUGGCCGCAAGAGGGCCUCGUCCUCGACCUCGCCGCGGGGCGGAGAAUCCACUGAGCGCGGCGAGCGCCUGGCCGCACAAGCGCCGUCGCGGCAGCAGCAGCGGCAGCCUCGCAAGCUGCAGCAGCAGCAGCAGCAGCGGCCCGGCAGCAGCAGCAGCAGCGGCGGCGGCAGCAGCAGCCACUCCCCAGGCGCUUCCGCGGCGCACGCCGCGCGCCCAGAGGACGCCGCCGCCCGUGCUUUGUCGGAGGGCUCCGGCCACCUCCCAGCCCUGGGGCCCCCCGAGAGGGAUUUCACGGUCGACAUCGGCACCGCCCCAGCAGACGCCCUCGCCUCGUCGGCGGUGCACAGCAGCCUUUUGCGGCUGCACGCGGCUGCGAAGGUGGGCGACGCGGCCACGGCCGAAGCCAUCGCAAUCUCCCUGACGGCCAAGGGCACGCAGAUUCCGGUGGUCGGAUACGGCGCGCUGAUCAGCGCAUAUGCGAAGGCGGGCGACGCCAUGGGCGCAGAGCGUUGGCUGAACGAGCUUAUCAAGUCGGGCGUCGGGAAGCCCAACACCAUCUGCGUCAACAUCACCAUCAGUGCCCACGCGAAGGCGGGGGACUUCCAGAGGGCUGAGCAGUUGCUGCUCAGAAUGCCCAUGCUAGGCCUCGAGCCAGACGACAUGGGCUACAACGCCGUCAUCGACGCUUGUGCCAGGGCGGGCGAUCCGGGCAGGGCGGAAAGGUGGUUGCAGGCCAUGUGGGAGUCCUCGGUGACCCCGAACGUUGUCAGCUACUGCUCGGUCAUCCACGCGUGCGGCAAGGCUGGGGAGACGGCCCGCGCGGAGGCGUGGCUGGAGCGCAUGCGAAGCGACGGCGUGGAGCCGAACGCAAUCUGCUACAACACGGUGAUCCACUCGUGCGCCCGAGCCGGGGACGACGAGCGCGCCGCGGUGUGGGUCGAGCGCAUGGUCGCCGAGGGUAUUCAGCCGACGGUGAACACGUACGGCACCAUCCUGGACAUCUUGUCCAAGAAGGGUGACGUGGUUGCAGCAGAGGGCUGGCUUCAGCGCAUGGUGCGGGAUGGGGUCGCCCUGGACGUGACGAGCUACAACAUGUACCUGGGCGCCUGCAACCGCGCUGGUGAUGCGGACAGGGCGAGCACCUGUUUCGCGGACAUGCGCGCGAGAGGAGACAGGCCCAACACGAUGAGCUACAACCUCUUGCUCAAUCUGUAUGCACGGAAGUCCGACAUCGAGGGCGCCGUACGGUGCAUCGAGGAGAUGCGCCAGGACGGCGUCCUCCCCGACAGGGUCAGCUUCAACACCAUGAUCAAAGCCUUCUCGCGCAGCGGCGAUGUGGACGGCUCGGAGACGUGGUACAACAAGAUGAUCGAGGCAGGCGUGGAGCCAGACAUUGUGACCUUCAACGCCAUCAUCGGCACUUGCGCCAGGGCCAAGGAGGCCGCCCGCGCGGAGAGCUGGCUGAGCUACGUGAUCAGCGAGGGAGCCGUGCAGCCUGACACGGUGAGCUACACCACGACCAUUGAUGCCUACCUGCGAGUCGGCAACACCACGAAGGCCAACUCGUGGCUUCUCGCGAUGGAGAAAGCUGGUCUUCAGGCCGGCACCAAGAUCUACGGCAUGUUGGUACACGCGCUCGUGAAAGUCGGCCACGUGUCGGGCAUCGAGGAUGUGAUCCAGAGAAUGCAGGAUGCGGGCGUCGCCCCGACGAAUUCCAUGUACAACUGCCUCAUCGGCGCAUGCGCCAAGCAGGGAGAAACAAGCAGAGCUGAGCGGUGGCUCGAGCAGAUGCUCGGGAUGGGCGUCGAGGCUGAUGUGAUCAGCUACUCCACGCUGAUCCACGCAUGCGCCAAGAGCAGCGACCUCCGCCGAGCCGAGGGCUGGAUGGCGCGCAUGCAGGGGGCGGGCGUUCAGGGCAACGUGGUCACGUAUAAUUGUUUAAUCAACGCUUGCGCACGUGCAGGAGACGGAUCGCGCGCAGAGGAGUGGCUGAGCAAGAUGCAAGACAUCGGUCUCCAGCCGUGCGUCCUCACCUACAACUCUGUGAUAAACGCUUGUGCGAAGGCCGGCGACUUUCUCGGCGCCGAGAAGUGGCUGACGGAGAUGCAGCGGCGGGGCGUCAACCCAGACAUUGUGAGUUUCAGCACGGUGAUCCACGGGUGCGUGAAGGCCAACGAGUUGCCGCGAGCUGAGGCGUUGCUCAUUGCCAUGAGGGCAGCUGGGGAGCCCCCCAGCCAGUUCUGCUACGAUUCCCUGAUCCAGGCCUGCGCCCACGCGGGACACAUUGCGAGGGCGGAGCGCUGGAUGGAAGAGGCGCUGAACGACGGCCUGACUCCGUGCCCUGGCUCCUUCACGAGCCUCAUCAGCCGGUGCUCCCGCGCUGGCGAGCUCGACAAGUCCAAGAAGUGGCUCCUGAGGAUGGGGGAGGCGGGCCACGACGGCGCCAGAGACCACCGGGCGCUGGCAGCGGCCUGCUCGCGCCAGGCGUCCGGGCCCGACCGCCGCGGCGUGCGCUCGCCCGGCGCCCGGGCGCGCGCCUGCUGAGCGUCUCGGGGGGCCGGGCGCGGCCGCAGCCGCGCGGCGAGGGCGGGGGCCACCCCGGUGGUGGAAAAUCGGGCAAUCACCACCUUCCUGCUGCGGAGCGGCUCCGCGGGCGAGGGCCCACGGGAGCGGCGUAGAGCAGCAGAGGAUGCUGUACAUCAAGAUGUCUGAUGGUAUGCAGUCGGUGUCUCGGGGGCCGUCUGGGGGCUGCCCGCAGCAUUUCCAGGUGUGGUGGUGAAAGGUUUGUCGGACGAGGGUCGCCUCGCGCUGAACGGCCGCUUUACGUUUGCCUUGCCGGCGGCGUGCGCGUAGCGAGGCCCGCUCAUGCGGGGGCGCGAUGCUC